CACAAAUAUGCAGAGCGCAUCGUGCAGCGAUCAGACAAGAAGAAGUUCAGAGUACGCAGCUGCGCUUGUAUUGAUCAACUGUGAAAAAAUGUCAGAACCGAGGGCUUAUAAGAAUCCCUAUCCAGACUACACGGGGCCAGGAUGUGCUCAAGACUUCUUUGACAUGCAGGGAAAUUUGACCCAUAAUUUCGCCAGCUGUAUCAGCAGUAACAUCAGAGAACUUUUGGCUAUCAUGGAGAACGGACUAAAGAAUGCUGAUCCCAGAGACUGUACUGGCUACACAGGAUGGGCAGGCAUUGCAGUGCUUUAUCUGCAUCUCCACAGUAUCUUUGGAGAACCCAUGUACCUUCAGAAGGCGCUGGAGCACGUCAGCCGCAGUCUGAGGAGUUUAACCCAGCGCUGGGUGACUUUCCUGUGCGGGGACGCAGGGCCGCUGGCUGUUGCAGCUGUGGUCUAUCAUCGUCUUCAGAAACCCCAUGAGGCAGAGGAGUGUGUGAACAGACUCAUGCAGUACCAUCAGGCGGUGGUUCAGGGGAAAGGCAAACUUCCAGAUGAGCUGCUGUACGGUCGGGUGGGCUACUUGUACUCCCUCAUCUACAUCAACCAGCAGUUUCAUCAGGAGAAGAUUCCCAUCCAAUACAUACAACAGAUCUGUGAAGCUAUAUUGGUGUCCGGGCAGACCCUGUCUCAGAGGAACAGGCUUCAGGAUCAAAGCCCUCUAAUGUACGAGUGGUAUCAGGAGGAGUAUGUAGGAGCCGCUCAUGGACUGUCAGGAAUCUAUUAUUACCUAAUGCAGCCUGGUUUUGUUGUCGGGGAGGAGAGGGUUUUGUCUCUGGUCCGACCCAGCGUGAAUUACGUGUGUCAGCUACGGUUUCCAUCUGGCAAUUACCCACCAUGCGUCGGGGAUUCCCGGGACCUUCUGGUGCACUGGUGUCACGGUACACCGGGUAUGAUCUACAUGUUAAUUCAAGCUUUUAAGGUUUUUGGUGUGAAGCAGUAUUUGGAGGACGCUCUGCAUUGCGGGGAGGUGAUCUGGCAGAGAGGUCUUCUCAAGAAGGGUUAUGGACUUUGCCACGGAGCUGCCGGGAACGCUUACGGCUUCCUGGCCUUAUUUAACAUCACUCAAGACCCCAAACACCUUUUCAGAGCCUGUAUGUUUGCAGACUGGUGCAUGAAUUAUGGAAAACAUGGAUGCCGGACUCCAGAUACACCAUACUCUCUGUUUGAAGGCAUGGCGGGCACGAUUUACUUCCUGGCCGACUUGCUGCAACCAACCAGAGCAAAGUUUCCUGCGUUUGAGGUGUAAAGGUGAAUAUGCCUCGCCUUUAAAACAUCCACCAAUCCAAAUAUCAAAUAUCGAACAUCUUGCCAACUUCAAAAUGCAUCAUUCCAGUGUUUUUCAGACGGCAGAGAUUUUCCGCUUUAGCUUCGUAGAAAUGCAAGAACACGUCGUCUGAUGGAAGAAUAGUACCGUCACACUCUGCAUGUGUGUCUGCAUGCCUGGGGUCUGUUCGUAUUCACUGAGAGUCUUAUGAGAGCUGUUGUGUAUGUGAUAUGUUUUUUGAACAAUGUAAGGUGGAUGGGAAUCGAGGUGAUGUUGAGGAGGCCGUCUGCUUUAAAUCUGCUUAAUAGAUUGCAAUUAUUUUGUUAUUGGUGUGUAUGUACAUGUUGGUAUUACUAGUUUUGUUACUAAUACAGGAUUCAUUGAUUUGAAAUACUUUAUGUAUAUAUAUUUGAAAAUGAUUUACUGUUGUGUAAUAUUUAAGCAGAAGUACUUACACAGUCCUCUGUUUUAAGGUAAGCUCACAAAAAAGCAUAGCUUUGACAUUGUUAGUGCGUAAUAUUAAGUAUGAUUAAGUCAAAUGGUUGUCAUUCAUAUAUAUGCAUUUGGAUUUUUUUUGUUCUUUUUUUUAUAUUUCUGCUGGUAUAUCCGAGGAUAAGCUGCAACAUUAGUUAUUAUUUUCUGAUUUUGUCCCCUUGUUAUACAUUAUUUGUACACUUUCAUGUGCACCACAAUUAAAAAUCCGAUAAAAAUAUGUUUGGUUGGCAUGAGAAAUAAGUGCAUUCACUAUUUUAAUAUCAAGCUUUAAAAUAAAUAAACAUUAACAGGU